AUGCACAGCGCGGUACGGGAGCCUUUAGACGGUAGAGAUUUCUUGGAAACAGAUGCUGAGAUUGGUGAUGAUGGGAAGCUGCAUGUGACGGGAUUCCCCGGUGGAAGACUCUCAAAUUUUGGUCCGGCGGACUUGUACUCUGUACAAUCUUCAAGAGGUCCAACACCUCGGCCCUCAAACUUUGAAGAAAACUGUGCUCCAAUGGCUACAAAUUCUUCUCCAAGAUUCGGGUUUUAUCCGGCGCAAACGGUGCCAACAUCUUAUCCAGCACCAAAUCCGGAAUUUUCUUCAACGGUUUCCACAAAAAACACCAAGAAUCUUCAGCAGCAGCAACAGGAGCAACAGCAGCAGCCUCAGCAACAGAAUUCCAAAGCAAACCAUGACGCUAAGGAGCUCCACAUACAAAAUGCUAAACCCCUACCAACUCCCCGUUGCUAUGCCAAGUUCACAAUGUUGCCCUACAUGUAUGAAGAUUCUUUGAGAGACAAAGAUAGAGACAAGAUCUAUGCUCAAUUGAGUCUUCAACCAGUGAACUCUGUAAGCUUGACUGUAUAUCGCUAUCCAACUUCUCAUCUGCAUGCCAUUGUGAACAAAGUUUGGCAAUUCUCGUACAGAGGCCUGCUUGUGGAUCUGACUGAAUUUUGUGCUCUUACGAUUCUUAAAUUGCCAGGAACUGCCAUGUGCCUUGCUAAUUUGAAAUUUGGAUAG